UAAAUUCAUAUUGCAUUAUUUGUGCCUUGGUUUCAACUAAUAUCAACAAUGUCAUUGACUCCUUUCUACAAAAACACCAUUUUAUUAUUCUGUUUUUCUCUGUUCCUUGUACUAUUUGUAGUACACAAAAAAUUAAAAACACACCUAAAGUAUUCAAUUUGCUAGUUUUUGCAUGAACUUUUACCAACUAUUCAUCAAUUGUUCUUAGCGAUGAUGAUAUUUGUUAUAAACAUAAAGAGAAUAACUAAUAUUUGAAGUGUGUUUUGAUAUGUAGUUGGUGAUAAUUAUGAUACGAUAUGAAAUUUGAAAAACCUGGAUAUGUGUUUUUGACUUAUCAUUUAUUUUACUUCCUCUGUUUCAGCAGCUUCUUCUGUUUUUUUUCUUGGAACUUUACUUUGGUAUGGAUAUAAAAUUCUUCACUGAUUUUUGAGUUCAGAAUCUUUCUAUCUCACACGGGGUUUCAGAAAUUUUGAUCAAUUUUAUUUGUUCCUUGUUUUCCCUACUUUAGUAAUAUUUUUAUUUGAGUAAAGAGUUUAUCAAAAACAUACUAUCUGUAGCUCACAGGAUGAGGGUAAGAUCUACGUGUAUAACUACACAAAAUAUAUUGUUGCUCAGGAAAAAAAGUUAUUAACUUUAUUACUAUUAUGGGGUUAAGAUUUUUAUCUUCAACUUUAUGUUAUAUUUUCUCCUUUAUUUGCUCACCAUCUCCACUCUGUCUUCCAUUCUGUAAAGUCCCCAAAAAUAAAGAAUAAAAUCUUCAAUCUAAAGUAAUAUUCUGGCUUCUCUAUUUUACUUUUUUUUUUUUUUAAUCUUUAUUUAACAAUUUGUUUUAAAAAAAUUAAUUUCUUUUAAAAAUGUUUAGAGUGGUUUCUUUGUGUUUACUCUUUGUUCUCAGAAGCUGUCCCCAAAUCUCCUGCAAAUUGUUUCUCUUUAAAUAAUUUAAAAUUCACCGUUGAAAACUCCAUUAAUGACUUGUUUAUAGAACUAAACUAUGUAUAGUUGACAUAUAAUUCAAUUUUUCUUUUGUGUUUUUAUGUUGACUUAAAUGUACAUAUAGUGUCUUAUACUCAAAACAUUAAUACAAUUUUCUUCCUUUUUCCCUUUUUCCAGCUUCAUUGGUAGUUUAUUGCAGCCAUGAAAACAGAGGAAAAAUUAUACAAGUCUUCGUGGACUAAAGUAGUAGUUAGGAAAUGGUUGAAUAUGAGGAGCAAAUCUGAGAAAUUUUAUUCAGAUCACAUAAUAGAUGGUGGUAAAGGAGAAAGAAGAAGGAAGAGUUGCUCAGACGAAGGUAGUUGCGCCGUCGUGCCGGAGGAAUUAUCUGAAAGUUGGUUGAUGAUGGAAAGAAAUGGAGGAAUUGGAGGAAUUGAAGUACCAGUAUUGGAGAAAGAGACAUCCACUACAAGCGAUCAUCAAAAUUUUAGGAUGUUCGUGGGGACAUGGAAUGUAGGAGGCAAGUCACCACAUCAAGAAUUGGACUUAGGUGAUUGGUUGAAUUCAACUGCACCAGUCGAUAUUUAUGUGCUUGGGUUCCAGGAAAUUGUCCCUCUAAAUGCAGGCAAUGUCAUAGGUCCAGAGGACAGUGGACCAGCUGCCAAGUGGCUUUCGUUGAUUCGCCAAGCUUUGAAUCGCGACACUAGCUCCCCUGAUCUUUCUCCUAAUGACAACAACACCCCAAAAUCCGAGGGAAAAAGUUCAUCCCCGUCCUUCAAUGACUUGCACCAACAACAAUCUAGUCCUAAACCAAGGGUUAGCUUCUCGAAUUUGAUCCAAUUCGAGAAUGAACUCGAAAAAGAUGAUUGGGAGAGGCUAUUGAGCAUGAAUGACGAUGUAUCUUCUAGUCCAACUUGCAUGUCGAAAAGAUAUAACUCUUCUGGUCCAGGGCAAAAUAGAUAUUGCUUAGCCGCAAGCAAACAAAUGGUUGGGUUAUUUUUGUGCAUAUGGACUCGUACUGACUUGUAUCGACACAUUAGCAAUUUGAAAGUUUCAUGUGUUGGAACAGGCAUCAUGGGCUAUCUUGGAAAUAAGGGUUCAAUAUCGAUCAGUAUGACAUUGCAUCACAAGACAUUUUGUUUCGUUUGUACUCAUUUGGCAUCAGGAGAAAAACAAGGCGAUGAGAUUAAAAGAAAUAACGAUGUCAUGGAAAUAUUAAGGAAAACAAGAUUCCCUCAUAGAAGGAUUAUCGGAAAACCGUUUCCUCCUGAUCACAUUUUGGAUCAUGACAAGAUUAUUUGGCUUGGAGAUUUGAAUUACCGGCUAGCAUCCGGUUGCGAGGACACAUACGAGUUGGUAAAAAAUAGUGAUUGGGAAGCACUUCUAGAAAAAGAUCAGUUAAGGAUGGAACAAAGAGCAGGAAGAAUAUUCAAUGGUUGGAAUGAAGGAAGAAUAUACUUUGCACCAACAUACAAAUACCUUUAUAAUUCUGACCAUUAUGUUGCUCAUACUUGUACAUCCAAGGAAAAGAAAAGGACCCCUGCCUGGUGUGACAGGAUAUUAUGGAAAGGUGAAGGACUAAAGCAAAUAUGUUAUGUAAGAGGUGAAUCAAAAUUCUCAGAUCACAGACCUGUCUACUCACUUUUCUCUGUAAAUAAUAAUUUAACCCAAAAGUACCACAGUGAAAGAAAAUAUUUCACCACCCUUUAGUAACCAAAAGCCCGAAAUCACUCAACAAACAGUGUCCAAAAAGCCCGAAAUCCUUCAAACAACUAGGUCAGUUACCCGGCCCAGCCCAUUCGAACUAAAGAGGAGUCAAGUUGAGGCUUUUCGAUGAAUGACAGUCUGACAUGUGGGCCAAGCAUGGCCCGUUCGAAGUUUCCAAAAAUUUUUAAUGGUUUUGGAGAUUGUGCAUAGUGAAUUUCGAUAUAGUCAAGUGGUUUUUACUUCUUGAAAGUCAGUCUAUUACCCUUCCUUGAUCUCAUGCUUUUUCUUGAUCAACAAUCAACUAAAGUGAUGUGGGUCAAGGUGUGCUAAGUGGCAAAUGUAGUGGAGCUUUAACACGUGGCAUUAAGAAAUGAUGUUAUUGCCAUGGCUUUGUUGAUAAUAUUCCAAUUGGUUGAGAAACUAAGCUCAACUUUUGCAA